ACUUUUUAAAUUUUCUUAAUGGACAAAUUUCGCCGUUUCGUACUGCAGCACAGACUCGUACGUCCGCAGUCUGGCUCCCCGGAAUUUCACCAACAGCGUUCCACAAACGCAGCACAUCCUGAUGCUCAGGAAACACAACAGCAACAUGAACUCGACGCAAUCGCAGAAGAUUUCAACGCCUCAACAUUCCCUCUUAGUUUGUAUGAACAAUUGUCAGCUAAUUGCAGCUUUCUAAAGGAUCCUCAGACGAUUCGGGAGAUACUGAGCACUGUAGAGGAGGCAUACUAUUCGAUGACAUUCGAUUCGGGCAAACACGAAAUCGAACAUUCCGCUGGACCAACUUGCAGAAAUUUAAAUCAGCUAAAACAUCGCCUAUUGUGUCUGGACAAGCAGAAUAAAGCGGUCUGCCGGAGAGUGUCCGAACUCGUGCUUGAAAAACAUCCGCUUUACGAAUCGGAGCUCAAUAGCGUGUUGCUUUUACAGAACGAUAAUCUGGAGACACUGGAACUAUGCCGUCGAAUCAGAAGAUCUCUCAAAUCAUCCGCCAACAUCCUAGUUCUUUCGCGACUGAGUGUGUUGCGAAAUUUUCGCCGCCGUCUACGGCUACUCAAGGUGCUGCAGGUGAUGCGACAAAUGCGAACACUGCAGAACAAUGCUCACCAGCUGGAUCGUCUGCUUACCCAAGGUAAUUUUCACUCUGCCAUUGAGCUCCAUCGAGAAAGUCUAGUGGUUCUAGAGGGGUAUCGACAAUACCGAUGUAUGGAACCGAUUCACACGAAACUAAAAGCUUUUGGUCCACGAAUUGACGACCUCCUCGACAGCGACUUACAGAAUAGCUGUGAGCACUUUACAGAAUCCGCUUAUGCAACCGUGCAGCAAGCCUUUGAGCUACUAGGUAGCACCCAGACAACCUUCGCCCAACUCCAAAUGCAUUACGUAUCCGCGAUUCAUAGACGUUCGCGUUCCAUUGUGCAAUCUUAUUCGACGCUAGGCGAGGAGGACACCGACCACUCUGAAGCCACGGCGUCCACUUAUCAGGAGCUUUGUUCUCAUCUCUCAGCACACUCCCUCCCCGAUUGUCUGUCCUCCGUGUGUCAGAGUAUGUGGCUCAUCUUGUUGUGCUAUCACCGGACCACACAAUGGCACAGACAACGUGCAUGCGGACAAAUGGUUUGCCAUAUGGACAAUUCCCCAACUCCGUGUGAACUACGUUCAGUGUUUGUCGACGCGUCUAAUGAGCCAACGUCCCUGUCGCUCCUCUCCCAGUUAGAAGACCAGACACAGACUGCUGAUACAGGUGUUAAUGUGGACGAUGAGGAUGGUGUGUAUCAGCCCCAGCUGGUUCGCCAAUGGCAUGACUACGUUGCUAGCAAAUUGGCGGCUGGUCGAGGUCGGAUUUGGGCCGAAGUUUCGUCGAGAAUCGAACCGAUACUCAAGACAAUGGAUCGUUCAGCGGUCUCCAUGUCCUUCGGUGAGGUAUCCUCUGUUUUACAGACCAUUGAUCGGUUGAUGAAAAUAGGUGAAGAAUUCUCCGGUUUCACGCGUUCCGAGCUUUCAGAAUUGCUCCGCUCAUCCAUUCACACGUUUUUCAAAGAUUUUCAUCGCAAACACUUGGAGCGAUUACGGAUGUUUUUGGAAAAUGAAACAUGGGAAAUGUGUCCUGUCAAGUUCACCUUCACUGUGUUGGACCUUCAGGAAUUCCAACCAUUGUCGAGCUUAUUGAAAAAAUCGGAAAAAUUCUCGCCCAGAGAUCGCAGACGGUUAACUCCUGAUUCAUCAGAGGUUCACAAUGGGAAAGUUUCCUCCGAUAAUUUUUUCAUACCACCAUACAAGCGGUGGCAAUUUUGCGCACACGACCGGGCCCACAGUAGUCGUGCGUCAAGCGAUGUCGAGACUACAUCUACUCCAGUACCGGAUUCCACUGAAAGUGAAUCAUCUAACUCCUUGGAUUCUGGUCUCGGUUCUCACUCUUUUACCACGUCAUCUUCACAACACUGUGGCCCGCUGCUUUCAAGUACCACUCUGGAAGCACUCCGGCUAAUCGGUCGAUACAUGCAAAUGAUGCACCUGCUGAAGCCGAUUGCGUCGGAAGUGAUGCACUGCCUCUGUCAGGUAUUCGACUAUUACUUGUACUCGAUAUUAGUUUUCUUCGGCCCAGUUCAUCUCGUGGAUUCCGCCGAACUUCCCGAACGCCUACGGAGCACGCUGAAACGCAUUCGAGAACGACUUAUUGCAUCUAAUGAUCAUCCAUCUGUCAUCAAGGGAGACCGGUUCGCUUUGCCUGCACACGAACCAAUGCGUGUGUUCCAAUCGGUCAGUCGUUUCUGGGAAACGGUGUCAGACCCAACAUCCAGCGGAACGCCACCCUUGUGGCAAAUGUAUCUACAGGCGCAUUUCGUCGGAGUGGAAUCGGUCAAUUGCUUGGCGGAAAUGUUGGAACAGACAUUGCUCCCUCACUUAUCCAAUCUUCUACCGGAACGCAAACGCGGACUUACUUCGGUGUUCCGCGAGCAAUCACUCAUGGCUGCCCGACAGCUCCGAGAACCAUGCGCUGCCCAUAUUGCUCCGCAACUCCUCAGCCUCCUCGUGCCUUCCGGCCCUCCCGUUUCUCCUGGUACUCCCCAAUCGGUCAAUGCUUCCACGACCAUCGCUUCCAGUUUGAGCAAAAUUUGGCCAAUCGGUUCCAACAAUGUCUCCUCCUCCUCCAUAGACAAAGAGUCUAACAAGCUAGGCGGCUCGUCUCCCAUUCCCAAUGCCAAAAUGGACCCCGACUUUGACAGCAAUGUGUUUGCGUCUCACGUGGCUUCCGUGCAGUGGACAACCAACGAGGUGGCCACCCGCCCCAGUCCUUACGUGAAUCAGCUACGUGUGUCUGUGCUAGGUCCAUUCAACACCGCCCUGCACACACUAACUCGUCGACUAGGGAUAAGUGACACGUGUCGAUCGGUGAUGUGGAGCGCCCUACUCAACUGCAUUGGCUCCUCGUUGUUGAACGCAUUCGCGGAGAUCCACCUGUGCUCCGAAGAGGGCAGGGGGCAAAUGCUGUUGGAUGUGCAAUCGAUUGCUGUAUUCGCCGAGGCGGAUAGCAAAAUGCAAUCAUUUCCCAGACUAGAUCACGUGAUUGAAUACAUUCAGGCGUUCUACAUUCCGGCACACGAAUGGGAGCACUGGCUCGCUCACACGGGAACCAAGUAUUCCCGCGCACAACUCACUGGUCUCGCGCACUGUCUUGCCAGGGGAGACAGACGGCAAAGACAGCGUCUCCUGAACUCUAUAACACAGAUCCACGGCUCGGGUGGAACGCAGACGGUUCAGACAAACGGUACCAACACCACACCGAUAUGAAAGUGUUGUGUAUAUUCACUAUGUGCUGUGAUCUCGUCAUCUUUCUCUUGACUUUUUUGCACAUGUAUCAUUCUUUAUAAGGCUUUUACAAAGAAAAGCGCACAUUUUUAUGAU